GGCAAGUUAAAUCGAUACACAUGAAAUGCGAGCCCAAUAAACAGGCAAAAUAGUAUUACAGUGUGUAUUACACGGAAGAUAGUUUGUUAAAAAAGGACUUAAAAGAUUAAAAUAUGUCUUCCACAGACGACUUCACUGGUACACUAGAUGAGGAAAGCCAGCAAAGGGCGAAAAAGGAACUUAAUGAAGACGAGAAGAACAGAGCCGGCGCCGUUGAUACCCUCAGACAAUGGGCAAUGCAACAAAAAUGGCUGAAGACGCCGACAGAUACGAAAUUUUUGGUGAAGUUUUUGAGAGUAAAGAAAUACAGUCAGCUUGAAGCGAGGAAAGCAUUAGAACGUUAUUGGAAAGUAAGGUCCAGCAUACCGGAAUGGUUCAGUAACAAAGAUCCAAGAGAUCCUAAAAUACAGGAUGUCUUCGACAAAGGGUUUAUGUUGCGUCUGCCAAGAGUUGACAAACUUGGAAGGAUUUAUGUUCUACAGAGAACAGGCUGCUUAGACCCGGAUUAUAUCACUGACAAGAAAAAACUGAAUGGAAGUGAUGCUAUAUUCCGUGCAGCAACGGCACUUAUCGACUGGGUGACAAUGGAUGAACGAGCACAAGUGAAUGGUAUGGUAGUGAUAUUGGAUAUCACUGGAUACAGCCUGAAACACAAACUUGUCAUACACACAACAGAUAAUGUGAAAAGGUUUACUUCCAUCUUGCCGACAAACCCCAAUCGUGUGAAAGGUAUCCAUAUGUAUAACUUACCACUCGUAUUUGAAACCGUGCUUACGCUUGUGAAGACAUUUAUGAAACAAAAACUCAAGGAUAGGAUUCAAACACACGGACAAACGCUCGUAUCGCUAUAUGACAGUAUCGAUAUGAGUGUUCUACCUGCAGAGUAUCUGCCCGAUGAUUAUACAGGUCCAUGCUCGGGAACAUUAGAAGAAAUUAUAGCAUAUAACAAAGAGGAAAUAACGAAACAACCAGUUGUUGACUAUAUAAUGGAUCUCACAAGUCCGGGAAAGUAUGGAGUGGACUCAAAACUGAAACCGGCAGAGGACGACGUUCCAUCAGCAUCCUUUAGAAAACUUAAUGUUGACUGAAACUUGAAUUUCGUGUUGACAUUUUUUUUAUUCUGAAAAAGAUCUAGAGUCAUUUAUCUUACUUUAUUUAGAUGGACACAUGCUGGUAUGCUAGUUCUCAUUUAAAGACGAAGGAAUCUCAGCAAUUUAGUUACCCCACGGUCAUAUUUGAAAAAUGCAGUGUUAAUUAUUGAAUGUGAGAUGAAUGGAAGAAUUUUUGGAAUGGAGUUUCUACCCGGCUGCCAAUCCGUCGUUAAAGUAAGACGCCGAGAGGAACCGGAAGUCAUUUAACGCUAUUAAAGCUAGAUAGUCGCCUUAUGAUCCAAACUUAGCAUCAUAAAAGACAGCUCAGUUAAUAUUUGCUUUUGCUACAGCUUUCUUUAAUUAUGCAUUUUCUUAUACAUUUGUAUAUCAGUGUAACUAUUUUAUACUCUAAUAUUGUAGAAAAAUCUAGAGCAUUUCCUAUUUUCAACAGGUCUGCGUUUGUUUCUAUGCCUCGUGACACCUGUAACAUCAACAGGGACGAAUGCUAGUUUAAUAAAUAUAUGUUCCUAAACUACCUGUAAGUCAAAAAGCACACAUGCUAGACGAACUUUAACAACGUUUAACAAAUCUUAAUCACAGAGACGCUCCACAGGAGCUCGAUGUCGGGAACGCAGAUUUUUCGGCCUUAUCCGGCCUUUAUGUAUUGGCGGAGCUUACAGCCUUCACGAAUAUUAUCCAAAGUUUCCAUAAUCUCAACUUUUAAAAAUUACUCACAAACUCGGGUAUACUAAAAAUGUGUUGUUUUUUUUCAGUCUACCGGCACCUUGACGGUAAUUUAUGAAAGUUACGAUUUGGGCAAAAUAAGACCAUAUUCUUUGAGUUUGGUCCUUCGGUCACGGUAUAAAGGCAAAACCGCGCAGGAAAAAUACGAUCAUGACUCCGAGCUCCUGUGAGACGCUCUACAGAAUUUUAGAAAAUCAACAGUAGGGCCUAUACUGCGUGAUACUAUUAGGGUCCGAUCGCAAACAAUUCCGAAAUAGGUGCAUUUACAAACAAAGGCAGAUAACAAGAUUUAAUGUUCUUGUUUUAUUUGAUAUGUUGACACAAAAUAUAAUUAUUUUCCAACAGACGCGGCUUCCUGAAAAAAAGUUCAUAGGCUUGCAUUUAAUUUCAUUUGAUACAUUAUGCAUGUACAACUAUGUACAUAACUGGAUUUUUAAAACUUUCCAAAAA